GGGGGGUAGCCGGGGGCGGCUGCUCUGUGAGGGGACGGGAGAGAGGCGGGCUGAAAGAGCCGGUUCCAGCAGCGGGCGUGAAGGAAGGAAGGAAGGAGGAGGCGGGAGGAGAGGAGGAGGAGGGAGCGAGCACUUGGGAAGAGAGGGAACCGCGGCAGCAGCAGCAACGGAGGCACCGCCAAGAGGAGGCAGGACGGAGCAGGCGAAUUAAAAUGGCCACCAGCGGCUGCGGGGGCAGCGGCGGCGGCGGCGACGAGGGCAGCAGGAGCCCCAGCGACAGCGCCGCCCUCUUCCCGCUCCCCGGGAUUGUACGCACGGCCCGGCGGGGCCUUGAUUGAUGGGGAGGAAGCGACGCCGGGAGCUGCCAGCCGAGGGGAGCCCGACGGAGGGCAGCCGGCGCUGCCGCGACCCUCCUCGCCUGGGCUGUGCAGCCUCCUCCUCGCCGUAGCAGGGAAGAGCGCGGGGGAGACGGACAGCCCCCUCUGCCGCCCAGGUCCUCCUUCCUUAGAGCCGGAGCUCCUAUUCUUCUUCUUCUUAUUAUUAUUUAUUAUUUUUUUUAAAAAAACACCCCAACGGCAAGUCCUUUGGCGAUCACAGAAGCCGCCAGCGCUCAGUCUCCGGUGGGGCGGAUCCCGAACAGCAGCACCCCCUCCCCGCCCGCCCGCCGCUUGGAGAGGGGCAGCCACGGAGCGACCACCCUCCCCCGCCUCCCGCCGCUGCCCUUAGGCGACACCACCACCACCUCGGAAAAAAGGGGUCCUUCAGAAACCAGCAAAAAUGAAUAUGGUGAAAAGGAUUAUGGGUCGGCCCCGGCAGGAGGAAUGUAGCCCUCAGGAUAAUGCUCUAGGGUUGAUGCACCUGCGUCGACUCUUCACGGAACUAUGUCAUCCUCCUCGGCACAUGACCCAGAAAGAACAGGAAGAGAAGCUUUACAUGAUGUUACCGGUUUUUAAUAGGGUAUUUGGAAAUGCUCCUCCAAGUACGAUGAUAGAAAAAUUCUCAGAUCUCCUUCAGUUUACAACACAAGUGUCACGAUUAAUGGUGACUGAAAUACGGCGGAGAGCUUCUAACAAGUCUACAGAGGCUGCAAGUCGUGCCAUAGUCCAGUUCCUGGAGAUCAAUCAGAGUGAAGAAGCCAGUAGAGGUUGGAUGUUGCUCACUACAAUUAAUUUGCUCGCUUCAUCUGGACAGAAAACAGUGGACUGCAUGACAACUAUGUCGGUGCCUUCCACUCUCGUGAAAUGUCUCUAUCUGUUUUUUGACCUUCCACAUGUGCCUGAGGUGGCUGGAGGAGCCCAGAAUGAAUUGCCUCUAGCAGAGCGUAGAUCACUAUUGCAGAAAGUGUUUGUGCAGAUCUUAGUGAAACUGUGCAGCUUUGUGUCCCCAGCGGAAGAGCUUGCUCAGAAGGAUGAUCUCCAGCUUCUGUUCAGUGCAAUAACUUCAUGGUGCCCUCCCUAUAACCUGCCUUGGAGGAAAAGUGCAGGGGAAGUACUAAUGACCAUAUCACGUCAUGGCCUUAGUGUCAAUGUAGUGAAAUACAUUCACGAAAAAGAAUGCCUGUCUACAUGUGUUCAGAACAUGCAGCAAUCGGAUGACCUUUCUCCCUUAGAAAUAGUUGAGAUGUUUGCUGGUCUGUCUUGCUUCCUCAAAGAUUCCAGUGAUGUGUCCCAAACAUUGUUAGAUGAUUUUAGGAUAUGGCAAGGAUAUAGCUUCCUCUUUGAUCUCUUACUCAGGUUAGAACAAGCAAAAGAGGCAGAAUCCAAGGAUGCUUUGAAGGAUUUGGUUAAUCUGAUAACCUCAUUAACGACAUACGGUGUCAAUGAAUUAAAACCAGCUGGUGUUACCACAGGGGCACCUUUUCUAUUGCCUGGAUUUGCAGUCCCACAGCCUGCAGGCAAAGGUCACAAUGUGAGAAAUAUCCAAGCCUUCUCUGUCCUUCAGAAUGCCUUUCUGAAAGCAAAAACCAGCUACCUUGCACAAAUUAUCCUUGAUGCCAUCUUAAAUAUAUAUAUUGCAGACAAUGCCAACUACUUCAUCCUGGAAUCCCAACACACUUUGUCCCAGUUUGCAGAAAAAAUUUCUAAACUUCCAGAAGUACAGGCCAAAUACUUUGAGAUGCUUGAAUUUGUCGUCUUUAGUUUGAAUUACAUCCCUUGCAAAGAACUCAUCAGCGUCAGUAUCCUCUUAAAAUCCAGCGCCUCUUACCCAUGUAGCAUCAUUGCAAUGAAGACGCUACUUAAAUUCACACGGCAUGACUACAUCUUUAAGGAUGUCUUCAGGGAGGUGGGACUCCUGGAGGUGAUGGUGAACCUUUUACAUAAAUAUGCAGCUCUUUUGAAAGAGCCUACACAAGUUCUGAAUGAGCAAGGGGACUCAAAAAACAACAGUUCAUUUGAAGACCAAAAACAGCUUGCUUUACUGGUUAUGGAGACCCUGACAGUGCUGCUCCAAGGAUCGAACACAAAUGCAGGUAUCUUCAGGGAGUUUGGUGGAGCAAGGUGUGUGCAUAACAUAGUAAGAUAUCCACAGUGCAGGCAACAUGCACUGAUGAUAAUCCAGCAGUUGGUGUUAUCCCCAAGUGGUGACGAUGACAUGGGAACUCUUUUGGGACUGAUGCAUUCUGCUCCACCUACAGAACUGCAGCUGAAGACUGACAUAUUAAGAGCCCUCCUGUCUGUGCUAAAAGAGAGUCAUCGCACAAGAACGGUUUUCAGAAAAGUUGGUGGAUUUGUGUAUGUCACGUCAUUGCUUGUUGCUAUGGAAAGAUCCUUGUGUUCUCCGCCUAAGAAUGGCUGGGAGAAAGUGAACCAGAAUCAAGUGUUUGAGCUGCUCCACACUGUACUCUGCACCUUGACUGCAGCCAUGCGCUACGAGCCAGCCAAUUCCUACUUCUUCAGAACAGAGAUCCAGUACGAAAAGCUGGCAGAUGCUGUGAGGUUACUUGGCUGUUUCUCAGACUCCAGGAAAAUCAGCCCUUUGAACAUCUUCCCUUCAAACACCCAGCCAUUUCAAAGACUGUUGGAAGAUGACCUCAUCUCCAUGGAUUCUGUGUCACCUACUUUAAGGCACUGCAGUAAACUCUUUAUUUACCUCUACAAAGUAGCUACAGACUCUUUUGACAGUCGUGCUGAACAGAUCCCUCCUUGCCUGACAAAUGAGACUUCUCUCCCCUCUCCUUGGGGCACACCAGCUUUGUCCAGGAAAAGGCAUGCAUAUCAUUCGACUUCAACUUCAACACCUCCAGUAUUUCCUCCCAAAACCCCUGCUGAUUUGAAGCUGCACAAGGGUGCAGUGCCUCUGCAGAGCUCGGAUGCUGUCAUCAUCCAUGCAGGAGCCAUGCUUUCCAUGUUGGAUCUCCUGGCCUCUAUCGGGUCAACUACACAGCCAGAACAUGCCCUAGAUCUUCAGCUUGCAGUGGCCAACAUUUUGCAGUCUCUAGUGCACACUGAAAGAAAUCAGCAAGUCAUGUGUGAAGCUGGACUCCAUGCACGACUCCUUCAGAGAUGCAGUGCUGCUCUGGCCGAUGAGGACCACUCUUUGCAUCCCCCACUCCAGAGAAUGUUUGAAAGGCUGGCCUCCCAGGCAUUGGAACCAAUGGUGCUGAGGGAGUUCUUACGCUUGGGAAAUCCUCUGAAUUGUGGCGCCUGGGACAAAAAACUCUUGAAACGAUACAGAGUGCAUAAGCCAAGCUCAUUAAGUUAUGAGCCAGAGAUGAGAAAUAGUAUGGUUACAUCAGUGGAAGGUUUGGGUACUGACUGUGUCUUCAGCCUACAUGAGGAUAACCACUACAGGAUAAGUAAGAGCCUUUUAAAACCAGCAGAAGGAAGCACAGUACCCCUGACGAGGGUGAAAUGUUUGGUCUCCAUGACAACCCCACAUGAUAUUAGACUUCAUGGAUCAUCAGUUACUCCUGCAUUUAUUGAGUUUGACACGUCUCUUGAAGGCUUUGGAUGUCUGUUCUUACCAAGCUUGGCUCCUCACAAUGCACCAACCAACAAUGUUGUUACAACUGGUCUUAUUGACGGCACUGUGGUCAGUGGAAUUGGACCUGGAGAGAGGCUUUUCCCACCACCAUCUGGUUUGAGCUACUCAAGCUGGUUUUGUAUAGAACGCUUUAGUACGUCCCCAAAUCAUCAUCCGGUCAGGCUACUUACAGUUGUAAGACGUGCAAACAGCUCUGAGCAGCACUAUAUAUGCCUUGCUAUUGUCUUCUCUGCAAAAGACCGAUCACUGAUUGUUUCAACUAAAGAAGAGCUGCUUCAGAAUUAUGUUGAUGAUUUCAGUGAAGAAUCCUCCUGCUAUGAGAUUCUCCCUUGCUGCGCUCGUUUUCGUUGUGGCGACCACAUAGUGGAAGGCCAGUGGCAUCACAUGGUUCUGUUGAUGAGCAAAGGCAUGCUGAAAAACAGCACUGCUGCGCUUUACAUUGAUGGGCAGCUUAUUAACACCGUAAAGCUUCACUAUAUUCACAGUAGCCCUGGAGGUUCAAGUUGUGCUAAUCCGCCAGUCGUUAGCACCGUUUAUGCCUAUAUAGGCACACCACCUGCCCAGCGCCAGCUCUCAUCACUGGUGUGGCGUUUGGGACCAACUCACUUCUUAGAAGAAGUUUUGCCUCCAUCAAGCGUCAGCACCAUUUACGAGCUGGGACCAAACUACGUUGGAAGCUUUCAAGCAGUAUAUAUGCCAUGUAAAGAUUCAAAACCAGAAGGAAUCACUCCAUCUCCAGUAUCAUUGGUACCAGAAGAAAAGGUUUCUUUUGGUCUCUAUGCACUCUCUGUUUCCUCACUGACAGUGGCAAGGAUCAGAAAAGUCUAUAACAAAUUGGACAGCAAGGCCAUUGCUAAGCAGUUGGCUGUUUCAUCUCAUGAGAACGCCACUCCAGUGAAACUGCUACACAAUUCAGGAGGGCAUCUGAAUGGACCCGCACGUACCAUUGGUGCAGCUCUGAUUGGAUAUCUGGGAGUAAGAACAUUUGUCCCUAAGCCUGUUGCCACUACAUUACAGUAUAUUGGUGGAGCAGCUGCUAUUCUGGGUCUGGUAGCGAUGGCAUCAGAUGUAGAGGGACUGUAUGCUGCUGUGAAAGCCCUUGUGUGUGUGGUAAAGAGCAACCCUUUGGCUAGCAAAGAAAUGGAAAGAAUCAAAGGUUAUCAGCUACUGGCAAUGCUGUUGAAGAAGAAACGCUCUCUUCUGAACAGCCACAUUCUUCAUCUGACCUUUUCCUUGGUGGGGACUGUUGACAGUGGACAUGAAACAUCAAUUAUUCCAAAUUCAACUGCUUUCCAGGACCUGCUGUGUGACUUCGAGGUCUGGCUUCAUGCACCAUAUGAACUUCAUCUGUCAUUAUUUGAGCAUUUCAUUGAACUUCUCACUGAAUCCAGUGAAGCAGCAAAGAAUGCUAAAUUGAUGAGGGAGUUCCAACUAAUCCCAAAACUCUUGCUGACUCUUCGAGAUAUGUCUUUGUCUCAGCCAACUAUUGCUGCUAUUAGCAAUGUAUUGAGUUAUUUGCUUCAGGGAUUCCCCAGCAGCAAUGACCUACUCAGGUUUGGACAGUUCAUUGCUUCUACUUUGCCUACAUUGGCAGUCUGUGAGAAAUUUGUCGUCAUGGAGAUGAACAAUGAAGAAAAGCUUGACACUGGAACAGAGGAGGAUUUUGGAGGUCUUGUUUCUGCAAAUCUUAUUCUUCUGAGGAACAGACUGCUGGAUAUCUUGCUUAAACUUAUGUAUACAUCUAAAGAAAAAACAAGUGUCAACUCGCAGGCUUGCGAAGAACUGGUCCGGACCCUGGGGUUUGACUGGGUUAUGCUGUUUAUGGAAGAACACCUUCACCCGACCACAGUUACUGGAGCCAUGAGGAUUCUGGUGGUCUUGCUGAGUAACCCAGCUAUACUCAUCAAGUUCAAGGAAGGCCUCAGUGGUGGUGGCUGGCUUGACCAGACAGAUUCUGUACUGACUAAUAAGAUUGGAACAGUGCUUGGCUUUAAUGUUGGCAGGAGUGCUGGCGGCAGAUCUGUCAGGGAAAUUAACCGGGACGCUUGUCAUUUUCCGGGUUUUCCAGUUCUUCAGUCUUUUCUUCCUAAGCACACUAAUGUACCUGCACUCUAUUUCCUUCUCAUGGCACUUUUCCUGCAGCAACCAGUCACUGAACUGCCUGAAAAUCUGCAGGUCAGUGCACCUGUCAUCACCAUCCGAUGUAAUCAGGGUGGCCAGUUUGACUUGGAUUCAAUUUGGACAUUUAUAUUUGGUGUCCCUGCAUCAAGUGGCACUGUGGUUGCCUCAAUUCACUGUGUUUGCACAGAAGCUGCAUUUUUAUUAUUGGGAAUGCUCAGAAGCAUGUUGAAUUCGCCUUGGCAGUCGGAGGAAGAGGGCUCUUGGCUUCGUGAAUACCCCGUCACCUUGAUGCAGUUCUUUCGCUACUUGUAUCACAAUGUUCCUGAUUUGGCUUCAAUGUGGAUGAGCCCAGAGUUUCUUUGUGCUCUGGCAGCUACAGUGUUCCCUUUCAACAUACGGCCAUACUCAGAAAUGGUUACUGAUUUGGAUGAUGAUGUUGGAUCCCCAGCUGAGGAAUUCAAAGCAUUUGCCUCUGACACAGGAAUGAACCGGAGCCAGUCAGAAUAUUGCAAUGUUGGAUCCAAGACCUAUUUGACCAACCAUCCCGCUAAGAAGUUUGUGUUUGACUUCAUGCGUGUGCUGAUAAUUGAUAACCUGUGCCUUACACCAGCCAGCAAACAGACUCCACUAGUAGACCUUCUCCUAGAGGCCUCUCCCGAGAGAUCAACAAGGGCACAGCAGAAAGAAUUUCAAACUUAUAUUUUGGACAGUGUAAUGGACCACUUGCUUGCAGCUGAUGUUUUACUGGGUGAGGAUGCAUCUCUGCCUAUGACAAGUGGAGGAAGCUACCAGGUGCUUGUCAACAACGUGUUCUAUUUCACUCAGCGUGUGGUGGAUAAACUUUGGCAAGGCAUGUUCAAUAAGGAAUCCAAGCUGCUUAUUGAUUUCAUAACCCAGUUAAUUGCACAGUCAAAAAAAAGAUCUCAAGGAUUGUCACUGGAUGCUGUUUAUCACUGCCUGAAUAGGACCAUCUUAUAUCAGUUCUCAAGGCCCCACAAAACUGUUCCGCAGCAAGUUGCUCUCCUUGAUUCUCUAAGGAUGCUUACUGUUAAUCGAAAUCUAAUCCUUGGCCCCGGGAAUCAUGACCAAGAGUUCAUCAGCUGCCUGGCUCAUUGCUUGGUAAAUCUACAUGCAGGGAGCAGCAGCGUAGAUGGGUUUGGCCUGGAAGCAGAAGCCAGGAUGACUACUUGGCACAUCAUGAUCCCUUCUGACAUCGAGCCAGAUGGAGUCUACAAUCAAGACGUUAGUGAAGGUCGCCAGCUUCUUCUGAAAGCUGUAAAUCGUGUGUGGACAGAACUGAUUUACAGCAAGAAGCAGGUUUUGGAGGAGGUGUUCAAAGUAUCUCUCCCUAUCAAUGACAGAGGCCAUGUAGAUAUUGGAGUUGCAAAGUCCCUUAUUGAAGAAGCCAGUUUAAAAUGUUGGCAGAAUCACUUGGCUCAUGAAAAGAAAUGCAUCAGUAGAGGAGAAACACUGGUUCCAACAACGCAGUCCAAGCUUUCGCGUGUCAGCAGUGGCUUUGGUCUUUCCAAGCUGACUGGAUCUAGAAGAAACCGAAAAGAAAGUGGGCUUAACAAACACAAUCUGACCACACAGGAAAUCUCUCAGUGGAUGUUUCCUCACAUCUCAGUCGUCCGAGACUUGGUAGGCAUGCAGUAUAAAGAAUAUCAAGAGCGUCAGCAAAAUGCAUUGAAGUAUGUGACAGAAGAGUGGUCUCAGAUUGAGUAUGAGCUUUUACGGGAGAGAGGAUUGUGGGGCCCUCCCAUUGGCUCUCAUCUGGACAAAUGGAUGCUGGAGAUGACGGAAGGGCCCUGUCGAAUGAGGAAGAAAAUGGUGCGGAAUGACAUGUUUUAUAUUCAGUAUCCUUACAUGCCGGAUGCGGAACAUGAGACAAAUAUGCUGCAAAUUCUGGUAAUUUUCCAAAACCAAGGGCAAGCUUCUACACUUGUUUCUUUUCCUGUGCAACCCCUGAUGCAGAAAAAUUUAAAGUCUGACUUCUCAAGUAAUUCUCCUGAGACAUCUGACGAUGCCAUUCCUCAAAAGAAACCUGCCCGCUACCGAAGAGCCAUAAGCUACGACAGCAAAGAAUACUACAUGCGCCUGGCUUCUGGAAACCCUGCUGUUUUUCAAGAUACCAUUGAAGAGAGCUCGGAAGGGGAAGCUGCUCAGCAGGAGCCAGAACAUGGGGAAGAUACUAUUGCAAGAGUUAAAGGCCUCGUUAAACCUCCUUUAAAGAGAUCGCGUUCUGCACCCGAUGGCGGGGAUGAGGAGAACCAAGAGCAGUUGCAGGACCAAAUAGCUGAGAGUAGCUCCAUAGAUGAAGAGGAAAAAACAGACAACACAACUUUGCUUCGACUGCUUGAGGAAGGAGAGAAGAUUCAACACAUGUACCGCUGUGCUCGGGUUCAAGGUCUAGACACCAGUGAGGGGCUCCUUCUCUUUGGUAAAGAGCACUUUUAUGUGAUUGAUGGAUUUACAAUGACUGCCACCAGAGAAAUACGGGACAUUGAGACCUUGCCUCCAGAUACGCAUGAGCCAAUUAUACCUAGAGGAGCACGACAGGGUCCAAGCCAGCUCAAGAGAACAUGCAGUAUUUUUGCAUAUGAAGAUAUCAAAGAAGUACAUAAAAGAAGAUACCUGUUACAGCCAAUUGCUGUUGAAGUGUUCUCAGGAGAUGGACGUAACUACCUUCUUGCUUUCCAGAAAGGAGUUAGAAAUAAAGUCUACCAAAGGUUUUUGGCUGUAGUUCCAUCUUUAACGGAUAGCUCAGAGUCUGUGUCUGGACAGCGACCCAACACCAGUGUUGAACAAGGGUCUGGCUUGCUGAGCACUCUGGUGGGAGAGAAAUCUGUAACACAAAGAUGGGAGAGAGGUGAAAUCAGUAAUUUCCAGUACCUGAUGCACUUAAAUACUUUGGCUGGCCGCUCCUAUAAUGAUCUUAUGCAGUAUCCUGUUUUCCCAUGGAUCCUUGCAGAUUACGAUUCGGAGGAAUUGGAUCUUAACAACCCCAAAACAUUCAGAAACUUGGCCAAACCAAUGGGUGCUCAAACUGAUGAAAGGUUAGCUCAGUAUAAGAAGCGCUACAAAGACUGGGAAGAUCCUAAUGGUGAAACUCCAGCCUACCAUUAUGGCACUCACUACUCAUCGGCAAUGAUAGUAGCUUCUUACCUUGUGCGAAUGGAGCCCUUCACACAGAUAUUCUUAAGGCUACAGGGUGGCCACUUCGACCUGGCUGACAGAAUGUUUCACAGUGUUCGAGAAGCCUGGUAUUCUGCAUCAAAGCACAACAUGGCAGAUGUCAAGGAGCUCAUCCCAGAAUUCUUCUACCUCCCAGAGUUGUUACUCAAUUCCAACAACUUUGAUCUAGGUUGCAAGCAGAAUGGCACUAAACUUGGGGAUGUAAUACUUCCCCCGUGGGCUAAAGGAGAUCCUCGUGAAUUCAUCCGAGUUCAUCGGGAGGCUUUGGAGUGUGAUUUUGUGAGUGCGCACCUACAUGAGUGGAUUGACUUAGUCUUUGGCUAUAAACAGCAAGGCCCUGCUGCAGUGGAAGCUGUAAAUGUCUUCCAUCAUCUCUUCUAUGAGGGGCAAGUGGACAUAUACAACAUAAAUGAUCCACUGAAAGAAACAGCUACCAUUGGAUUCAUUAAUAACUUCGGGCAGAUACCAAAACAGUUGUUUAAAAAACCUCACCCACCAAAGCGAGUGAGAAGCCGAAUUAAUGGAGAAAUAACUGGGAUUUCCAUCCCACCUGGUAUUGCAAGUGACAAGAUCUUUUUUCAUCAUUUAGACAACCUCAGGCCUUCCCUUGCACCAGUAAAAGAACUCAAGGAGCCUGUAGGGCAGAUUGUAUGCACAGACAAAGGAAUUCUGGCAGUCGAGCAGAAUAAAGUACUCAUUCCACCAACCUGGAAUAAAACAUUUGCUUGGGGCUAUGCAGACCUCAGCUGCAGGCUGGGAGCCUAUGAGUCGGACAAGGCAGUAAUUGUUUAUGAAUGCUUGUCAGAAUGGGGCCAGGUUCUCAGUGCCAUCUGUCCAAAUCCCAAACUGGUCAUCACGGGAGGAACCAGCACAGUUGUCUGCAUAUGGGAGAUGGGCACUUCCAAGGAAAAGGCCAAAACACUCACUCUUAAGCAGGCACUCCUUGGCCAUACAGAGACAGUCACGUGUUUAACAGCUUCACUGGCCUAUCACAUCAUUGUGAGUGGGUCUCGUGACCGUACCUGCAUCAUCUGGGACUUGAAUAAACUCUCCUUUUUGACACAGCUUCGAGGCCACAGGGCCCCGGUUUCAGCACUCUGCAUUAACGAACUGACGGGGGACAUUGUAUCCUGUGCUGGCACUUACAUCCAUGUUUGGAGCAUCAAUGGGAACCCCAUCGUUAGCGUGAACACUUUUACUGGACGCAGCCAGCAGAUCCUGUGUUGCUGCAUGUCAGAAAUGAACGAAUGGGAUACCCAGAACGUUAUUGUGACAGGGCAUUCGGAUGGAGUGGUCCGAUUCUGGCGGAUGGAGUUUCUGCAGGUCCCGGAAACACCAGCUCCUGAGCCUGUGGAGACACUAGAGAUGCAGGAAGAAUGUCCAGAAACACAAAUAGGGCAGGAAGCCCCAGAUGAAGAGAGCAGUGAUUCUGAAGCAGAAGAUCAAGGCCUCAACCAGGACCUGAAGACGCAGGAGAGCCGGAACCAGCAUGGCAAUGCCAGCCACCGGCCCCGGACAUCCUCUGGCCGAGCAGCAGCUGCAUGGUCAGCAGACAGCAGCUCUGACGACUCGAGGCGCUGGUCUGACCAGCUCAGCUUGGACGAGAAGGAUGGCUUCAUCUUUGUCAACUACUCAGAUGGGCAGACAAAGGGAUACCCGCUAGCUCAGGCGAACCACUCACAUCCUAACCAAGUGGACCUGCGGCAUUACAGCAAGCUCAAGCCAGGCUACAGAUGGGAGCGGCAGCUAGUAUUCAGGAGCAAACUCACUAUGCACACAGCCUUUGACCGCAAGGACAACGCACAUCCUGCAGAGAUCACAGCACUGGGCAUCUCCAAGGAUCACAGCCGGAUUCUCGUAGGCGACAGCAGAGGCCGAGUGUUCAGCUGGUCAGUGAGUGACCAGCCUGGCCGCUCUGCAGCUGACCAUUGGGUGAAAGAUGAGGGAGGAGACAGCUGCUCGAGCUGCUCCGUCCGGUUCUCUCUCACUGAAAGACGUCACCACUGCAGGAACUGUGGGCAACUCUUUUGUCAGAAGUGCAGUCGCUUUCAGUCUGAAAUCAAGCGUUUGAAAAUCUCCUCCCCAGUGCGGGUUUGCCAGAACUGUUACUACAAUCUGCAACAUGAGCGAGGCCCUGAGGAGGGCUCCUGGAAUUGACGAACAAUCCAGACUCAAGACUUGGCCCUGCAGGGUGCACAAGAACUCUGUGAAUUCUUUACAGGGAUGUGCAGUACAUUCAGAGGGGGCUGGAACGCUCGCCCUUGACGCUUCAUUUUUGUACUGUGCAAAAAAGCACUGAAAGGAAAAGGGAUCAUUAAUUCCGCAUGUACAUUUGCAGAUCUGGAGCUGGAAAUAGUCACAUGGCCAGCGAGCAUUGGGCCGGAGACUGCAGUCGAAUUCUCAAGACCCAGCCUUCCCCGCAAACACGGCUGAGAGGAAACUUCAUCCUUGACCAUAGUUUCCUCUGUCUUGGUUUUGUAGAGCUAGUCACCUUAUUUGUGUUGCGGAAAGGAGGCGGCUUUUUAAAAGAUAGUUAUACAUCUGCCUUCUUCGCAAGCGAACUGUGGAUAUUGUAAAUAGAUAUAAUGGCCUUUUUAUCUAAAUAUGAACUUAACUGCCUGUUACAGGGGACUUUAGACCAACCACUAUACCUUGUGUCUCAUCUUGAGCUCAUCUAUCAACUUAAAUAUGAAUGUGUGUUGUUGUUUUUUUAAAGUAUCAAGAGGCAUUAUCUGUAUUUUUUCCCCUUUACAACCCAGGCUGCAUGUUUGUUCUUUCAGUUAUUUGCAUUAUCUUAACUUAUACCAGCCUAUUUAGAGAGAAAUUUUGAAAAGGGGAGAAAAACCCAUUUCUUAGGGGCAAUAGGACUUGGAAUAUUUUAUUCUAAACAGUAAGGUAACAAGGACCCUCUUUCUUUGCAUAUUUUUUAAAAAACUGAAGCUACUUAGCACCUCUGCCCUCAUAUUUAAUAAGGUCUUUUUUAAUACACAGUGGAUCUGCUGUUCUGUUCAUUCCAUAGCAGUGAUGAGCUGAUCCAGGUAUUGCAAAAGUCAGCAGAUACUUCCGAUUGCAGUAAAUGCCUUGCAUGCAACUCCGGUAUAAUUUUUCUCUCCUGAAACAGAAAACGGACCAUUGUUUUUCUCUUAAGUAUUGUCUGCAGAACUGACUUGGAAUCUUUGCUCUUAUAACUGGAUAAUGCUAAUAGUGGGCCUGAUCCAUUGGGGGUUUCUCCUACUCAGGCCCCUUUGAAGGGAAUGCAAAUUGCACAAGAAUGAUUGCCCACAUUUCAUUCACUUUUGUGGGGCUUGCUCAUUCCUCUUGGGUUGUGCUGUGUUGCAUCCACUUUUUAGACUGCCUUCAUUAUUCAUUAUUGCACCAUCAGCUUUGGGGAAGGUUCAGCGUUCACUGAAGAAAGAUUUAUCUUUCAAGCUGUUUUAAGAUUUAACAAAAAAUCAGUUUCUUCUUUUACUUUUCACUUUUCACACUCCCCCCGCCCCCGCCAGUAUAAGAGAUGCACUUGACCCUAGAGAUGGGGAAUUCACAGAGCAGAUCCAACUCAUUGACGUCCUCUCUUAAGAAGUUUUGGAAAGUGAUUGCUUAUUUUUCAAUGGAAUGUGUAUAUAUUUUGUAAAUGGCUGUGAGAUGAAUUGGUCUUGAGAGUUAGGGAUACUCAUAAAAUUGUUCCACUGCUUUUUUUAACAGUGGAAUAGAGCGGCUACAAAUAACCACAAAAACCAUGGCACCCAAUGAAGUGAAACAGAAUGUGGCACAACCCUGAGGCAAAAUGACCUAAAUUCUAAUUUGUACUUCAGGAGAAGAAGCAGCAUCCUUUACCGUUGAUCUGAGUAAUUUGCACAGAAAAAAAGGGAAGCUCCCACCUCUGCCUACUCUUGAUCCAUUUCCUUUUUGCAGUCAAUAAAGCUCACUGACAUUUUGUCCCCUCAAACAUCCCUGGUGAGAUUUAUGCACUGAUUAAGGUGGUUAUAUAUUUUGAAAAUGUAUUCUUUUUAACAGCUGUGCUGGACUGCAAUUAAUAAGUAAUAGGCCUGGUAUGUGUAUUUUAGGUCUCCAAGGGAGUCAUUCCACAUAAGGACACAUGCAACUUUAUUUAAGAUUACUUCAUCCACUUUUGGGUACCACUGGCCCUGCUCCAAGUGACUGCCUUGCAUUUUGAUACCUGCAAGGAAACUCAGCCCUGUAGAGUCCACCAAGAGCUCUAGCUAGCCUAAAGUGGCUGGGAGGUCCCAUUGUUUACUGAGCAGUUUAUUUAGGAAACUAAGUAGUCUUAAGCUUAAACAAUGUGCUUAAAUGGUUUAUAGAUCUCUCCCUAAUAGCACGUUUUCAAAUGGCAAAUUUUAAUGUCUUGUAAACAUUCACUAUUUGAAAUUCUCUGAAAGCACCUUUACUCCACUGCAUUUUUAUUUCUCCAAAUAAAUACUUGACAUGAUUUAGCUUGGAAAUCUGCCUCUCUAGCUUGAGAAUAUUCCCCCCCACACACCAUUAAUUAUUUCAAAUGAAAUUCAAAGCACUGGAUGGCACAAACAUAACAGUACAGCUAAUGCUGGGUCAUUAGAAGACAGCAGGAUGUGUAUUGACGUUUACUAUGCUUCUCUCCCCGUCUCUCUCUCUCUCUCUCUCUCUGUUUGAUUUUAUAGACAUGUUGUACCAGUGUUAUUCUACACUUUUUACAUUUGGCUCUCUUCUCGGCUAGAAGGUAGCUUUUCUCCUGUGUGGAUGAUUGUGUUAAACUUGUGCAUAGGUGUACUGAAAGUUCAGUGGAAAUUCAGCGCCUCAGCUGCUUGGCUGGGGCUAAGUUCUUCCAGAACUCAUUUGUGUAUCCAGAGGGGUUGAAUACAGAAGCCAGCUGCUGGUGAGGGGAAGGUGGUGGUUCCGCUGCCUCAAGAAUGCUGCUGCAUAGCCUCCCAACGCCACUUGCCUGAAAACUCCCAGACUCCACCAGAAUUAGAGGACACUGAGCAACACACGUUCUUGGUGCAGUUGAGCCUUGACAGGUCCCUGGCAGCUACUGUUAGAGAACGUAAACCACUUUCUCUUUUGUAAGCCCACAGACGCUCCUCACUGUGUUCUGGACUAGUCAGACGGCUUCUCAGUUGGGGGUAGGGGCAAUCUCAUAGCAUGCCCUCAGUGGCUUUGUUUCUCCAGAUAGCAACCUGAGUUCUUUCCUCCAAACUUAUUGAGCUAGAAGCAGCCUACUAGCCCAUUGCACUGUCAAAUAGCUCCCACCUCUUCUCCUGCCUCGUUCUUCAGUAUAUUUCUUUCCUAAUGCAUCCAUGUGCUCUACCUUUUGUUUGUCUGUAAUGUGUGGCUGUAGUGUCCAUGCUUAUGAAGGUGAGAGUGGCUGCCUCGGUCCUUCAUCAGUCCAAUAGCAAAAACACUUUAGAGACAUUAUUUUGCACUUUCUUAUAUAUAAAAUCAGUAGAAACUUAUUUUUUGCUUUGUAUCAUUUAAAGACUCCUUUUUGUUUUGGUAAAUGAACUGUGUAUAAAAAAUAUUUAUGCAGUUAAAACUGUUUUUAGAAAAUAUUUUUAAUUUCGGCAAGUUUGGUUACUUGUUGCAUGACUUAACACAACUGACUUUUUGUGUCAGUACAAUGUAUAUUUUUUUGUCCUGUUAUUAACUUGUAAGCCCUAGGUAAAUGGCCAUUUAUUUGUACAGCAACAGGAGUAAAUUGAAGAUAACUGGCUAUGACUGGAGGGGUGGAAUUUUGUACUAUAUUGCGGAAUCCAAUAUCUGUUUUUUUGGUGGUCAUGUAAAAGGCCUGAAGAAUUACUAUCUAGUGUGCAAUCUGUGAUAUCUGAAUGUUUAUUGUAUAUUUGUCUCCAAUGCAAAAAGGUAGAGUAACACAACUACAAUACAUGAUUAAAUGCAAUAGUUCAGGUACUUACUUUUUGUUUUCAUUUCAAAUAAAUACUUGCUAUUUGCCACCAAA